CCUGGGUCUCAGGAGCUGCCUUUCCGGGCUGGCUGAUGUGACUGCUCAGGAAGUACAGGAGCCCAGCUGUUGAUCUCAAGAGAGAUAUGGCGAGGGAAAGCCAAUGAUGCCUCUCUCUCCAUCUGCCAGGGAAGAGCACCGAUAUCCCUGGAGAGUUCUGUUGACCAGCCACAAAACAAGCCCAUCUGCUGGGUGGAAGACAAUGAUUCCUGCACUUUGGCUGUCCAGCUUGGUGCUUCUUUUGCCUACAGAGUCGGGCAGGAUAUUGUGCCAGGCCACCAGCCAAAGCAAGGAGAAUCUGAUGUCCAGGACACAUGCUGUAUGUGAUGGUGCCUGUAAGAAGAACGAGAACCCCUGCUUUCAGUCAUGUCCCCCUCACAGUGAGGGCAACAUAGAAUUUGCCUGUAAGGCCAGGAAAUGGCAGAAAGUCACCGAAACCUGCCACACCCUUAAUGCCCUCAGCAUCUUGGAGGAGGAUAUAGAAUUAUAUUCACUUCAACAUGCAGAAUCACCUAUACAAGUACAAGAUUUUCGUAUACAACCUGAAACCAUAACAGAUAUAUUGAUGCAAAAAUGUCCAGAGGAUUUGUCUUGUGUGAUCCAAAGCAUUCAGAAGUCUCCCCAGUUACCAGGAAAUAUUGCUAUUGUGGUUCAGCUCUUACAUAACAUCUCAACAGCUCUAUCCAAAGAUGUUGAUGAGGAAAAGAUGUGGAGUUACAGCGCCAUGGCUAACCACAUUCUUGACAGCACCAGCGUAUCAAAUUGGACCUUCGUCCAAGACAAAAACAGCAGCUGCGUCUUGCUUCAGUCAAUCAAUUCAUUUGCAAGCAAGCUAUUUCUGAAGGAACAUCUCCUCAACAUAUCACAUGACUUCAUCCAUACCAUGGGUACCGUCAUGUCCAGGGGCAACCCUGGGAAGAAUUUUACGUUCUCAAUGCGAAUUAAUGACACGAGCGAUGAGGUCACGGGGAGGGUACUGCUCGCCGCUGAAGAGCUUCAGAAAGUACCUUCUUCUUUCCAGGUCAUCAGCAUUGCUUUUCCAACCCUUGGGGCCAUCCUGGAGGCCAGUCUUUUCGAAACCGUGACUGUGAAUGGGCUUGUCCUGUCUGUCAUUUUGCCUAAGGAGCUUAACAAAAUCUCAUUGAUAUUUGAAAAAAUCAGAAAAUCGGAAGAAAGGAAGUCCCGGUGUGUGGGCUGGCACUCCUUGGAGAGCAGAUGGGACCAACGUGCUUGUAAAAUGAUUUACGAAAACUCCCAGCAAGCUGUUUGCAGUUGUUGGCCAAACAAGUCAUUUACCUCUUUUUCCAUUCUCAUGUCACCCGACACCUUGGAUAGCCCGGUUCUAAUUUAUAUCACCUACGUAGGCCUGGGCAUCUCCAUCUGCAGCUUGGUCAUCUGCCUGUGCAUUGAGAUCUUGGUCUGGAGCCAAGUGACGAAGACGGAGAUCUCGUAUUUACGCCACCUGUGUAUCGCCAACAUCGCUGCCACCUUGCUGAUGGCUGACGUGUGGUUCAUUGUGGCUUCGUUCCUCAGUGGCCCAAUAUUACACCACAACGGCUGUGUGACCGCAACAUUUUUUGUUCAUUUCUUUUACCUGUCUGUGUUUUUCUGGAUGUUUGCCAAGGCUAUCCUCAUCCUCUAUGGAAUUCUGAUCGUGUUCCAUACACUGCCCAAGUCAUGCCUGGUGGCCUCUCUCUUUUCCGUGGGCUAUGGGUGCCCCCUGCUCAUCGCUGUUACCACGCUUGCUGUCACAGAGCCUCAGAAAGGCUACCUCCGGCCUGAGGCCUGCUGGCUUAACUGGGACCUGACCAAGGCUCUCCUGGCCUUUGUGGUCCCAGCUCUGGCCAUCGUGGUGGUAAACCUCGUUACAGUCACACUGGUCAUCAUCAAGACGCAGAGAGCCACCAUUGGCAGCUCCAUGUUCCAGGAAGUAAGAGCCAUCGUGCGGAUCUGUAAGAACAUCGCCAUCCUCACACCACUGCUGGGGCUGACCUGGGGCUUCGGAAUAGCCACGGUCGUUGAUGGUCGUUCCCUGGCCUUCCACAUCAUCUUCUCCUUACUCAAUGCGCUGCAGGGUUUCUUCAUCUUGGUGUUUGGAACAAUCCUGGAUCCAAAGAUAAGAGAAGCCUUAAAGAGUCGAGUAACAUCUGCCAAAUGGAUCUCCAGAGUAUCAGAGGACCUUUCCUCUGAAUUCUCUUGUCAUCCUACCAAAGGGCCAAGCUAACAAACUAGGAUGCAUCCCUAACAUGGGAGGUUGCUCACUCCUGGAACGGCAGUGUCUGAGGAAGCAUGCACGUCAUCUCUGUCUUCUUGUCACUGGGCACUUUGAAGAAAACCUCCCACGCUGCAGAGCCGACGGAGGAGGGGGUGACACGGGAAAGCACGAAGGCCCCUCUGUCUAAGCUGUUCUGUGCUUCUCAACAUGUCUUGGCCACCAACUGCAAAUCUGUAUACAACACACUAAGCGUCCGCAAGGGACAGGAAGACAAAGCAGGCCACAGUGACAGCGUCUCACAAAUGCCUCCACCUCUACACUGCUGGGUCACACUGAUCCUAAGGGAGAGAGCUCUGCUUAUCCUAGCAAAGGUGGCCUAGGCUGCUACCUAUGGGAUUCUGAAGGAGGUCUCUGAAGAGUAGACGCCAACAGUCACACUGACACUAAAUAGCUCGCCGCCGGUUCUCAUAUAGAAGGUACCCAUCUGCCAGUAUGUUCUACUUUUUCAAAGUCAGAGGCAAUUAUUUAGGUUGUCAGCCUGCCUCUUCUUUGACAGUAAACCAAGUGAAAACUGCUGAGUGUUUGAAUCGGACAUGACGCCUGUUUUAAGAUGAGACAGAAGCCUGGAGCUGUGACCCACGGCUCUGCUAGCCUGAGCCAACUCUAUUGGCUUUCAGUGUUGCACUUUCUCUCCCAGAGCAUGGGAACUCCAAGGGGCUUUCUGUUUACAUUUUCAGAAGUGGGAGGCUGCUGGAACCUGAGUGGGGAAGAGGAAAUAGUGUAUUUCAAGUGCAGUGUUACUCAUUUUUCUAGCUGUAUGUAAACACAUUAAACAUUCAAAGCAGAUGUCACCUGACAGAAAACAAUGCCAAGGGUAGAAGUCCUCUCUGAAGCAAGCCCAAAGGCAGCUGCUCCUGAAGAAAAGCAGGGACUAAAGACAAAGUGACAUAGGCAGAAGGUCCAAUUUGACCUAUCUAGAGGCCAGCAGUAUUGAUGUUCUAUUACAGAUGGGAAGCUGGGCAUGGUGGGCAUUAUUGGAAUCCCAGAGCUUGGGAGGCAGGGACACAGAGAGCUGCUGUGAGUUUGAGGCCAUCUUGGUUAAUAUGGUGAGUUCCAGAAGGGCCAAAACUAACGGCUAAGACGUUGUCUAAAAAAACAAUCAACCUCCUCAUAAGACAAAAAUAAAACCACACACACACACACACACACACACACACACACACACACACACAGAGAGAGAGAGAGAGAGAGAGAGAGAGAGAUGCAAACCCAAAAGCAAAAUCCCCAACUACAACCAAGACAAAACACGGAUGGGUUUUGGUGUCUCUACACAGCUGUGAGAAUUCCUUAGAAGUUCAGGAUGUUCUGCUGUGUCACCCUCUGCCUUAUUUCUUUGAAAUAAGGUCUCUCACUGAACCUGGAGCUAGACUGGCAGCCAGCAAGUGCCAGUGACCCCCCUGUAUCUGCCACCCACAGGUUAGAGGUGGCCAUGGCUAUACCUGUAUUUGAUGUGGAUUUGGGGGUACAGUAAGUUCUCUUACUAAUAGCCAUCUCCCUAGCCUAUCCACACCCCAGUUAACAAAGCAAAAAUAAAUCUUCUUUUAAGUAGGGAAGUUUGAAAGGGCAUACUUAUAGUGAAGUUCAGUUAGAAGCUGGGAAACGAUAUUCUAGCUAGGACAAAGAGUUCUCUUUCCACUGGGGUUGCUUGUGUUGGGAUAUGGCAUGCUUUUUGUGUGUCAGAGGUGAUUUAGUCAGUUUCACUCCAACAUAUUCCCAGAUCUCUUUAAAUGAAGAAGAUGGGGUAGAUACAAUGCUGGCUCUUCCUCGGUACAGAUACUGCAGCAUCACGAAAUAGCACUUGCUUAUGGUCGAUGAAAUAAAGUCAAGACGGAGGCUCACAUAGCUAGGUGGGUAGAAGAACGGACAUGUGUGCAAAGCUUAGAAAAGACUAAGUAUUGUCCUGCUUAGCAAUGAGAAGUCCGAGCACAGCGAGAGAGGAGGCCAUCAUCUUUUCUUUGCGUUAUGUGUUGAGCAGGUGUGUCUGGCUUGACCGCUCUCAACUCAGGGGUACUCACUCAGUGUGACAGCAGGUGGUAUCAGUAAGCAGGAAAGGCCCACGGAUGCUCAGAGGACCCCUCUGGCAUUCCUGGGGAAUCUCUUGAAGAAUUCUAGCCCCAAACCCACAAUGCAGUGUCUUGCAAGAUGUCGAGGCCUACACAGACGAAGAUGACUUGUGUGACCUUCAAGAGAGACACAUGUAGUAUCCCGCUCUCAUACCACAAAGAUGUGAUGGUGGCCCCAGGCGACAUUGUUCUGAAGCAGUUUCAUGGCUCGAAUGAACACUUAUUACAUGGCCCUGCUUGGAAAAAAAAAUCACUUGAAUUCUUUAGAAUUUGGUUUCCUCCCUUGUAAGUGGGGGACAAGUGAGUCUACCUCCUAGGAUUAUUGCGAUAAUUCAAAAACAGUGAAGUAUUUAUAAUAGCACCUGGAAAUAAUACUCGCUGGCCAAAAUGUCACUUUCUUUUAUUAGAGUGCCUGUGAAUACAUGCACAUACAAAUACAUACACACUCACGAGUAAACACACGGCUGUGUCCUCCGCCAUGAGUUUGAAUGAGGAUCUCCUUGUGGGAACGAGUUAAUUGACCCCUAAGUAAAACAACGAAGCAUCUGAUCUUGUCUGCAUGACACUAGGGUUAGGAACCAGUACAACCCACCGAAGCUCAUGGAAUGGGCCUGUUACCUCGUGUUGCCCGAUUAUAAAGCAAAGUUCCACUCUAGAGGGACAGGAGCGUCUACCACGGAGCUCCACUCAUUUUGUGGUGUUGCUAAGCCUGGCUUUACUUUCUGCCUUCUCUGAGGAGUCCUCUCUGACUGGGGCCUCCACAUAAUUUCUUAGAACACUGAUAAUCCAUGCUGUUCGCUUUCCGUUAGUAGUUGCUGUGCUAUACUGUUUGUUUGGUUUGGUCUUUUUCUCUAUGUACGUUUUCUUUCCCAGAUACGGUUGCGAGUCUCUAGGAACAGGCCGACUUUACAUUUGGGAACCACUUUGUAACUUUCUUCUGCCUGCUGAUAGGGCUCCUGUGUCUUACACACAGAGAAUGAUGUUUCAGUAAAUAAGUAGGCCCAAUAAAGUCCUUGGAUUACACAA